AUGGCCCCAACUCAGAAUCCUGUUCUUCAGUCUAGUAUCGCGGUCCGUGCUACCUAUGAACCGCACACCAGAGUCCCUCUCAUUCAAGGUGUCGCCAUUGGUCUCGUUACGCUCGCAUUCGUGAUCUGUACAUUGCGCCUCACCAUCCGCCUGAAGAGACGCACCACGAGCUACGAAGAUGGCUUCAUCGCAUUUGCCAUGCUGUUCUCCAUAUUGGAAAGCGCAGUCGCCUGCCUGGCGGCGCAAAAUGGUUACGGCGCCCUCGUGUCUACCCUGACUCCUGAACAAUUGGCCAGAUCUCUUAUGUGGUUCUGGUGGGCCCAAGUAAUGUACAAGCUCACCAUCUGGCCUACCAAGCUGUCUAUUCUUUUCCUCUACCUCCGCGUUUUUGGCGACACCCCCAAUGUCACAUCUUGUGGUAUCAACUUCCGCAAGUUUCUGUACUCGAUGAUGAUCUUCUCCGCCGUCUUCUGUGUCAUCACACUCAUCGUCAACGUUCUUACAUGCAUUCCGGUCAAGCACUACUGGGACAAGGACUCUUCUGGCCACUGUGGCGUCGAUUCGUUCAGCUGGUGGCUGUCGCAGUCUCUCCUCAACACCAUCUCCGACAUACUCAUCCUCGUCUUGCCUAUGCCACUUGUCAAGAACUUGCUCCAGAUCCCCGCUCGUCAGAAGGUUGGUCUUUGCUUGGUUUUUGGACUCGGCGGUUUUGUGGUCGUUGUGACUAUUAUGCGUAUCACGACCUUCAAGACAGGAGGUCUUGGUGACGAUAUUACUUAUGAUGGCGCUGUCACACUUUGUUGGACUAUGGUCGAGACCAACGUCGCGAUCAUUUGCGCCUGUCUGCCAUUGCUUCGUCCCUUCAUCGCUCGUAUGAUCCCCGAAUUCUGUGGCCGCUCUGGCUUGCGCAGCACCAACAGUUAUCCCAUGGUGCAGCCCACCACGACAGACGAAAGCCCCAACAGCAAGCUUCGCAGCAUUCAUGUGCCUGAAAGAAUGCGCCCUCGCUCAUGGGUUGGCAUUGAGACGGUUAUAGGCCAGGGUACUCAACACACCGACACCGAUGGCAUUCACAAGCAGAUGGAUGUUGACGUCACGACUGAGGCUGUGAGCAUCUGCGGCACUGACUCUCUGCGUCGUCUGACUACACGCCAGGACGAUGAAAUCACCUCAGAAGAGAGCAGAGAUUCGGAGUCUACUGCUGAACAACGCAAAUGA